GACCCGAGACCCAUUCAUUCCAUCUCCCUUUUGGAGAGGUGGGAAUUACGCUACAAGAUGUUGAGGUUUUACUUGGAUUGCCCGUUGAUGGCAUUCCAUUGUCGGGGGGCACCAGUCGAUCAAGAGAUCAGUGGAUUCAGAUUUGUCAUGACAUGAUGGGUUUUAGACCCGAACCAUCUGAUAUUACAUCUUCUACGAUUAAGAUAUCUGCAAUUGAUCCGAAGGCGCUGACAGAGAAUAGCGAUGAAGUUGAUUACCAAAAGCAUGCUAGAGCUAUCAUGUUUAAGUUGAUGGGUGGCAGCUUAUUUCCCAACACGACGGGAAAUAAGAUUGGAGGGUGUCUUAUUCUCUUCCAGCUUUGGGCAUGGGAACGUCUGCCUAUGACUAGACCUAGGGGGGUUGUACCAUUGGAGCAGCUGGUUAAUGUUCCAUAUGGAGUCAGAUGGGUGUGUUAUCAUCGGUGGUCAGAUUGUACGACACACUCCUUACGAGCGUACAGAGACCAGCUAGAUAGGUUGCUCGAGGGAGAGCCGGACUUCGAAUAUGGAUUUCACGCAUCCCUUUGAUCUACGGUUAUGUCGUGGAGAUGUACUAUCCGGAUCGAUUUUGCAGACAGUUUGGUGCCCGCCAAUGUGUUCCUCUCGAUGUUGUAGUUAGGUGGAGGUCGAGUGACUCAAAGAUAUUGUCUCCGCCACCUACGCAGCAAUUUCUGGAAUAAGUUCCGAAGUAAGAAGUUGCGGACCUUGAUGUACAAAGCUGGUAAAGCCCCGAAUAGAAGUGAGUUUGACCAGUUGCUACUCCAAAUAGCAUCCAAAAAUCAAGAAGCCUACAACUGGCUUAAUGCCAUUCCAGAACACAAGUGGGCUUUGUCACAUGAUGAAGCACCACGCACAACAAGGGAUAUACUCUGUGGUGGUGGAUGGGUCGUCCUACAUUGCUCAACGGGAGACAUUUACGGUGAACUUAAAUGCACGAACAUGUAGCUGUGGUCAAUGGGUAACAUUUCACCUCCCGUGCAAUCAUGUCCACGCAAGUCUUCUUCGCCGACCCCUCUCUCUCUUCUACGCAUCUCUUCGGUUUCUUCAACUCCUCUUCAUCUUGUUUGUAAUCAAUUGACUCCUUGCUUCUUCAAUUCGUAAUUUUUUUGGUCGGCGAGGUUAUAGAAUCGUAUUUCUAAUCCCUCAACGCGUUUUAUUUCUCUGCGGGUCAUGUUUAUAAUUUUUUUUUUGAUAAAAAUUCAUUUUCCUCGUUUCGUUCUCCAAAAAAUCGGAAGAAUGGUUUUGGACUGGAGGAGAAAAAGUCAGGGUCUGCAUCAUCCAGUGCUCAAUACUAAAUGAGAAGAAAGAAUUAAUCUCAAACUCACAACAUAUGCGAGCAACCCUUUCAUCCAGAAGAAACACAGACAAAUGCAUAUUUGCAGCUCUUUGGUCGUACACACAAAUUUUUUUAGAGAGAGGGAUAAAGGACGAUGGCAGUUAGGCACGCUCGUCGAGAUCGAUGACAAUUGUUAAGCAUGCACAUCGUUUGUUUUUUUGAGAGAAAGAGAUGGAUAAUGGACGGCGGCUGUUAGACACGUCGUUGAGAUCAAUGGUGGCUUUUAGGCACACACAUAAAUUUUCUUAAAGAGAAAGAGCUGGAUAAGGGACGAUGAUGUCAUGACCUGUGGCGGUUGAUCGUAGAUGGAGAAGACCGGGAGUGGUGCACGGUCGUUGAAGAAGGGAGGCUAGGUUUUUUAGAAUAGAUACCUUAGCCCCGGUAUCAUAUUAAAUAAUGGAAUAAUUGUAUUACUCAAGGAAUAAUGACAGAGUAUAUAU